GCUCCUCGUCACCGCCGCUCCCGUCAACCUGUCCCUCCCUCCCUUUGGCCGUGGAAAUAAUACCCUUUUAACGCCUUUAAAGAAAAGAAAAAUGGCAAGCAGCUUCUCGAGAAUCCUGUCCUCCAAGCGGAACGUCGGGAUCCUGUCGCUGGUGGGAGGCUCUGUAACGGCUGGAUUUCUGCUCCACCGGGAACAUGUCAGCGCCGGAGUCCCUGUGCGCAGGAGGUACCCCGCCAGUGCCGAGUACCCUGACUUGCGCAAACACAACAACUGCAUGGCAAGUAACCUGACACCUGCCAUCUAUACCAAGCUGUGUGAUAAGGCCACUCCCAACGGUUACACACUGGACCAAGCCAUCCAGACGGGCGUGGACAACCCUGGGCACCCCUUCAUCAAGACUGUUGGCAUGGUGGCAGGAGACGAGGAGUCUUACGAGGUAUUUGCAGAACUGCUGGACCCUGUGAUCAAAGAGAGACACAACGGCUAUGAUCCCAAAAUCAUGAAGCACCCCACCGACCUGGAUGCCAGCAAGAUCCAGUCGGGCCAGUUUGACGAGCGUUACGUGCUGUCGUCCAGGGUGAGAACGGGCCGCAGUAUCCGGGGGCUCAGCCUGCCUCCCGCCUGCACUCGGGCAGAGCGCAGGGAGGUGGAGAGGGUGGUGGUGGAUGCUCUGGCUGGUUUGAAGGAUGACCUGACCGGGAAGUACUACAGUCUCACCCAGAUGACAGAAAAGGAGCAGCAGCAGCUCAUUGAUGACCAUUUCCUGUUUGAUAAGCCAGUAUCACCCCUGCUGACGUGCGCAGGCAUGGCCCGGGACUGGCCAGAUGCUCGUGGUAUCUGGCACAACAACGACAAAACAUUUCUGAUUUGGGUUAAUGAGGAGGAUCACACCAGGGUCAUCUCCAUGGAGAAGGGAGGGAACAUGAAGAGAGUCUUCGAGAGGUUCUGCAGAGGCCUCAAGGAGGUGGAGCAUCUGAUCCAGGAGAAAGGCUGGGAGUUCAUGUGGAACGAGAGGCUGGGCUACAUCCUCACCUGCCCCUCCAACCUGGGCACAGGGCUCAGGGCCGGGGUCCACGUCAAGCUGCCCUUGUUGAACAAGGAUCCCCGCUUCAGUAAGAUCCUGAGCAACCUGCAUCUGCAGAAGCGAGGCACAGGCGGUGUGGACACCGCUGCUGUGGGCGGUGUGUUCGACAUCUCCAACCUGGACCGCCUGGGACUAAGUGAGGUCCAGCUGGUGCAGACAGUGGUUGAUGGCGUCAACUACCUGAUCGAGUGUGAGAAGAGACUGGAGAAAGGCCAGGACAUCAAGGUGCCCCCACCCAUCAAGUCGUUCAAGUAGACACUGAUCCCUGACCUCACCCCACAACUCUGGGCACCAACACAUGCACCGACACCUCGCUCUGUGCCCAUAGAUAUUAUAAAUAUCUAUGUCAUUGCCUCCUUUAUUACUACUACUUAUCUAAUCACUCCUCCCUGCCCUCCCAGAAUACAUCUCUAAUAUAAUCUGCAUAUAUUAUACGCAGCUAUCUGGCUGAACCAAACCAGAGUCCCAGAAUACUGCAUUGGGCUUUAGUGUGUUUCAGUUGUUUGAAGGGUUUUUAUCCUUAAACCAAAUUCAAACCUUGCUCUCAAAUUGCAGCAAAGAUUAAAGAAGGAUGUACAAACUGUAGGCUGUUCUAACGGGCCGCCGGUUUGCCCGUCUCUGCAUGGCCAAACAGUAUCUAUGACUCUGAUCCCAAAGCACUCCUGAGCCCACCAAACCUGGCUUAACCCCACCUCUGCCCCUUCCUGACGCAUGUCCUAUACUCAGCCUGUCUCUUCCCCUCACUCCUGUCAGUUGUUUGUUCAUUCCUAUUAUCAGGUGCUUGUAUGAUCCAUCCAUUUGCAAAAUCUUUGCAAUACUUUCCAUUGUGGAUUGUGUGUUCAUGGUUUCGUUUCACCAUUUUGAGUGCAUUUGAAUGUAGAUUAACAGCAUUGAAGACUUGCUCUCUAGAGCAUUUGUUUGUUUGAUGACACACUGGUGUCACGGUGUAAUGUUAUAACACACGAUGGCCAGGCUGGAUUCUGUACUGUAAGCUACUGAAGCAAUAUCAUUCCAGCGCAUCAUCACUGAAUGUCACACUGUAAUGUCUUUUAUUAAAGAAAUCAUCUAUUUAACAGUA